GCGGAGCUGAGCUGCGGGUCAAAGUUUCAACAGCAGGAGAUUUCCUAUCGUUUUUCUCUUUGAAACUUUACAUGAAACUUCAGCGGAUUUAAAGAAACUUUAUCUACCUGCAUCCUGAUUGGUCCAGAUCCAAAGGUCAGAAUGUCUUCAGUACAGGUGGAAUGCGUGGUGAAAUCCAGUGCUCUGAUUGGGGAAGGACCAGUGUGGGAGGAGUCUGAGCAGAUGCUGCUGUUUGUGGACAUCGCUGGAAAGAAGAUUCACCGCUGGAGUCCAACAACCAAUCAGAUCCAGUCUAUGGACACCGGUGACACAGUGAGCUUUGCCGUCCCUCGGAGGUCCGGUGGUUAUGUAGCAGGUGUCGGUCGCAGCAUCGUGGCUGUUGAUUGGUCGACUCAGGCCAUGACAUCACUGGUGGAGGUGGAUGAGGACAAACCAAACAACAGACUGAACGACGGGAAGGUGGAUGUCAUUGGGCGACUGUUGGCAGGUACGAUGGGGAAAGAGCAGAGACGGCAGGGGGCGCUAUUCUCUGUGACCUCUGACCUCAGCGUGAAUUCGCACCUGAGCCAGGUAGACAUAUCUAAUGGAAUGGACUGGUCUUUGGAUCACAAGACAUUUUUCUACAUCGACUCUUUGUCUCUGACAGUCGAUGCCUUCGACUACGACUUGAACACUGGUCGCCUUGGUAACCGUCGAAUGGUGUACUGUAUGCAGGAGGGGGAGGGGCUUCCUGACGGGAUGACGGUUGAUGCUGAAGGUCGUCUCUGGGUCGCCUGUUACAACGGAGGAAGAGUCAUCAACAUCGACCCUGCUACUGGUGUGCGGCUGCAGACCGUCUCUCUCCCAGUGAUGAACAUCACUUCGUGUUGUUUUGGAGGUUCAGACUACUCUGACCUCUAUGUGACCUCAGCUAGUCUGGGCCUUGAGCAAUCAGAGAGCAGACAGCAGCCACUGGCCGGACACACCUUCAGGGUGAGAGGACUGGGGGUCAAAGGUCGACCUUCAAACGCAUUCUCAGGAUGAUAUUCAAGCAAAUCAUAUCACAAGUAAUCUACAGGAAGUGAUCAGCUGUCUCAUAAAUCAAUGCAGUGAUCAAUAAUCUAUAAUUGAAUGAAAUAACGUUAACAUGUAGGAAUUCAAUGUGAGGAAAUGUUUGGAACAAAACUUGUAUUUACAGUUUUUACAAAGAAAUGGUGUAGACUGACAGCCAAUGAUAAAUAAGGAAUCUGACUUAAAUGAUUAUCAGCCAAUCAGAGUCAUCUUCACAUUCACGGUUGAAAAUGUGUGAAAAUAAAAGUGACGUAUUGAUUUUGAACACACUGAG